GUUAAAAUUAUUGCGGAAGUUGUUCUGCUUUAGCUCAAUGUGACUUUAUCGUAGCAAUUUUACACAAAAAAACAACAUACAAACAUUGCGUUAAAAUGUUUCUCACCGCAGUUAACCUCGCCAAGGCCAAAUCUAAGACGGUGUUGGUGCAGAUGAUGAGUGCUGCAGGGACAGGGUACUGCUUCAACACCAAGAGAGGAAGACUACGAGAAAAACUAGUGUUGCGCAAACACGACCCUAUAGUAAACAAGCAUGUCCUGUUCAUGGAGAAGAAGAAGAUCCGCUCUCUUUAAUCACGGAUCAAACACUUGGAAUUUCAUGAUCAUGUAUUUAAACAUGCACUGUUAAAAAUAGUAGCUUAGGAUCAGGUAUGAGUAAGAUCACCGAUCCACACCGAACUGAAAGAUUGGGAUUAUAUGAAGUGUGACGACAUGCAACAUCAAAUCCAGACGUCCUGAGAUCAUUCCACGGCAUGACGGGAUUGAGAAACCCCCCAAGAAACAGUUCUGCAUGGGGUUGAUCAUUUAGAAAUGUUUAAUUGUUUAGAAAACUUAUUCCAGGAUUCUAAAAGCGCCAUUUGUAAAAUAAAAACAAUGUAAAGUUAUAUAUAAAAAAAGAAAUGGAAAAAUUACCAAAAUGCAACAGAAGAGGUUUAUUUAGUAACUCUAAAUAAAUUGAUUUUCUAUGUCCAUGAUCUAAUAUUCUGGAGCAAAAGUCACAUCAGUAUAAAAAUAAUUUAUUACAUGAGCAUUGAGUGUUGUAAUCAAUUUAAGUGUGUGUACAAGGUUUAAAGGGUAAAAAGCUACAAUACAUGUGAUGAUCUGUGGAGAUGUCACUAUUGGUGACAUAUUAAUACAUUUUAAAUCAGUUUGGACCUAAAAAAGUGUCUUUGCUGAUUGAUUAUUCUAUUGAUGAUGAUGAUAAUUAUUAUUAAUAUAAAUUAAUCAGUUAAUUGGAUUAUUUAAUAAUUUCUUUUUUGCUAGUGUUUCAUUUAACUGAUACAGUUACUAACACUACAGAACCAGAACAGGUCUCUGACAAAUACAGUAAUAAACAUUAUUUUUCUGAUAAAUUAU